UUUGAUAUAAUGUCCGCUAGGAGUCUCUGGUCUCGAAACCGGAAGUAAUACUUGGAAUAACCAAAAAAAUGGCAAACUUAAAAGAUCUAGAAGACGAUUUUGAACAGCUGGAUCCUUCACUUAAAAAUAUAGUAGACCAAGCCUCCCUGAAAUGGGUAUUCGUCGGUGGAAAAGGUGGUGUUGGUAAAACAACAACAAGUUGUUGUCUAUCAGUCCAGCUGGCUAAAAAGAGAGAAACAGUCCUGAUCAUUUCAACUGAUCCAGCACACAAUAUUUCUGAUGCCUUCAAUCAGAAAUUCUCCAAAGUGCCAGGUCCAGUCAAUGGAUUCACUAAUUUGUUUGCAAUGGAAAUAGAUCCAAAUUUAGGUUUUUCAGAAUUACCAGAAGAAUAUUUUGAACAAGAUACAUUGUCAAUGGGUAAAGCUAUGGCCUCAGAAUUACUGAGUGCAUUCCCUGGUAUUGAUGAGGCAAUGAGUUUUGCUGAAGUGAUGAAAUUGGUACGAGGAAUGAACUUCUCUUGUGUUGUAUUUGACACAGCACCAACAGGACAUACGCUAAGAUUACUCUCCUUUCCAAGUGUGGUAGAAAAAGGUUUAGGAAAGAUAAUGAGACUAAAAAAUCAGAUUGGUCCAUUUAUAUCACAGAUGGGCAGAUUUGUUGGAAUGCAGGACAUGAAUGCUGAUGAAAUGUCUGGGAAACUAGAAGAUAUGUUGAGUACCAUACGUCAAGUUAAUGAACAAUUCAAAAAUGCUGAGCAAACAACAUUUGUGUGUGUAUGUAUAGCAGAAUUUUUAUCUUUGUAUGAAACAGAGAGACUUGUUCAAGAACUGACAAAAUAUGGUAUUGAUACACACAAUGUUGUUGUCAAUCAGUUACUAUUUCUGAAGAAAGGGGAGGAGCCAUGUAAAAUGUGUAGAGCCAGACAUAAAAUCCAAGCAAAAUACCUUGACCAGAUUGCUGAUCUGUACGAAGAUUUCAAUGUAACAAAACUACCACUGCAAGAAGAGGAAGUGCGAGGGGUUGAGAGGAUCAAGGCUUUUUCAGAACUUUUAUUAGAACCUUAUAUUGCAGACUGAUAUUUCUGUCUACUGUUGUUAUUUAUUUUAUAUUGUGAUAACUUAAAAGCAACAUGACUUUCAUCAUUAUUUAUUUUGCUAUCACAACCAUUUCCUUUUUACAAAGAAUGGAUUUCCAAGAAUUCAUUGUAACUAUUGUACAAAACUUUGAAAAGAUUCUAGGCUUUAUCUGCCAGAAAAAAUCUCUCUGUUCCCAAGAUGAAUUGAAAAAUCAUCUUUGUUCAGCUUUCAAAAAAUUGAUAUUUUUAAAAAACAUUUACCCUGUAAAAAGGUUGAAAUUAUUAUCUAACCAUGGAAUAAGUGCAAAAAAUAUGGAAACUCUUUACACCUCAGUGCAUGUCAACAAAUCUGUCGAAUAUGGUGUAUAGAUUCAUGACACAUAAUGCAUUAGUGCACAUGACAAAACCUAAGUAAAAGAACAAAAUAUUUAUUGCUGCUUUGUUGUAUUGGCCAAUUUCUUUAUAUUAUUUUACAAUUAAUGAAAAUGUUAUUCAUCAGUGAAAUGUCAAAUCAGAGCUAUGGUAAUUAAUGGUUUAAGAAAACCUAGAUAAUCUCACUAUUGCCACAGGAGCUUGGGCCUCCUUUUAUCCUUUCUUUUUUUUAAUGGGUUCAUGCCUCAUGACACCUCUGACUAACACUGAUGUUUGAUAAUCUCUGAUGAUGUACAUGGCUUAUUUUCAGUAAUAUUGCUAUAAUGUGGUGUUUAAAUAUAUUAAAUAAUGUGACAGUUUUGAUUAUAACUGUAUAAAUCAACCCUUAUUUAUGAGUUUAUAACAUAGACAAAGCAUGAAAUUGAUUUCAUAACAUAGACAAAGCAUGAAAUUAAUUUCAUAACAUAGACAAAGCAUGAAAUUAAUUUCAUACCUUAUUUUAUUUACCGAAGGUUUAAACAGAACUUCUAGUGAUGAAUGACAAACUCAUGCAAUUUUAGGCAAAGGUUCAAUUACAAUAUAGUUUGAAGGAAAAUGACAACGUCUUUACCCAUGGUGGUAUAAAAAAGAAAUUAACAUUUGUUUUGUUAGAAAGAUCAAUGAAUUCAUCUUUUUAUGUAGUGGUAUAAAACAAAAAUUGUCAGUCUUUUGUUAGAAAUUUCAUUCAGUUAUUAUUUGUGUAUUUUUUAAAGAAAGUAUUAAAUGUGGAAUUUUAAAUCUUGAAUGCAAUAUAUUUAAGUUUAUUUCAUUGUUGUUAACAUCAGGAAAAAAAGAAGGGAUGUUUGGAUUCAAAUCAUUAAGAUAAUAAUGUACUAAUAUCAAAUUUAAAAAUAAAUAUAUUAGUGCUCUA